CACUUAUCCUCACAGCUGACUGUUGUGGAGACGUGUACAAGUUCUGCGGUGUAAUUGGAUUUAUUUUUAUGCGUGAUUACUACUCAUAAUUUGUACUGCUGGAUAACAAUUUUUUUUCAAAAGAAUGGCGACGAUUGAGGAAUUGAAACUGCGAGUUAGGGAGCUUGAAAAUGAAUUAAUAAAGUGCAAGCAAAAGCAGUGUACCGAAGAGGAUGCUUCAAACCAGUCACUCCACAGACCAAAGAUUGACAAGAUGAGUGCCGAGGUGGUCGACUCGAAUCCAUACAGUCGACUUAUGGCUCUGAAGAGAAUGGGAAUUGUGGAUGAUUAUGAGAAAAUCCGGACGUACACUGUUGCUGUGGUUGGGGUUGGAGGAGUUGGCAGUGUCACUGCAGAAAUGCUUACUCGGUGUGGUAUUGGUAAGCUGCUUCUUUUCGACUAUGACAAAGUAGAGCUGGCCAACAUGAACCGUUUGUUCUUCCAGCCACACCAAGCUGGCCUCAGUAAAGUGGAGGCAGCAGAAUACACUCUCAGAAAUAUAAACCCAGAUGUGACAUUUGAGACUUAUAACUACAACAUCACCACAAUGGAAAAUUUUAAUAAUUUUAUGGAAAGAAUCAGCCAUGGCGGCUUAGAAGAGGGGAAGCCAGUUGAUUUGGUUUUGAGUUGUGUGGAUAACUUUGAAGCAAGAAUGGCGAUAAAUACAGCUUGUAAUGAGCUAGGGCAGACCUGGAUGGAGUCUGGGGUCAGUGAGAAUGCUGUGUCAGGACACAUCCAACUUAUUGUACCAGGAGAGACGGCCUGCUUUGCUUGUGCACCUCCUCUGGUGGUGGCAGCUAAUAUUGAUGAGAAGACUUUAAAAAGGGAAGGAGUUUGUGCUGCUAGUUUACCAACCACAAUGGGUGUAGUUGCAGGUCUCCUUGUGCAAAAUGUUCUCAAGUAUCUGUUGAAGUUCGGCACCGUUAGUUAUUAUCUGGGCUACAAUGCUAUGCAGGACUUCUUCCCAUCCAUGGCAAUGAAAGCAAAUCCACAGUGCAAUGACAAUUACUGCAGGAAACAACAAGAGGAAUAUAAGAAAAAAGAAGCAGAGCGGCCCAAAGUUGAGGUUAUUGAGAAAGAGGAGGAGAUUGUUCAUGAAGACAAUGAAUGGGGCAUCGAGCUGGUGUCAGAAAUAACAGAGGCUGAUCUGCAGGCGGCUUCAGGUCCAAUGCCAGACCUCCCUGAAGGCAUCACUGUAGCGUACACACUUCCAUCUGAGGCACCUGUUGAAGGGGAAACCAUAGAUGUGGCCGAUCAGAGUCUAGAAGAACUCAUGGCAAAAAUGAAGAAUCUAUAGACAGAAGUGUAAUUUCUUACCACGAUUAUGCUUUGUUAGAUAAAUUAUUGCAAAAAAACACUGUUAUGACGGCCCACCUUUUACAAUGGUCCAUGUAAUUCAAAGAAAUAAACAAGGUAUACAGGUUACACAAUAACAAGCUGCUGAUAAUAACAGAAAACAUGAACUGGAACUUUUAACUUAUGUCAAUAAAGACGGGAAUCUUUGGCACUUAAUUCAAAACAAGUCAGUGUUUUGGCAUGUACUAGUUUAAUGUGCAGUUUUCUGUUAUGUGUGGAGAAAAUAAUGCUACAUGUUUUAACAAAGUAACGCUUGUUCAAGUGUGAAUUACAAAACACACCUAAUUUUAAUGCACAUUAUCUUUGGUUGGCAGCAUUUUUGGUAUUGUUUACAGUAUGGCAUUGUAAUUACAACACACAUUUAUUGGUGAAAUACUAAAUAUAUUAAUACAUGGUGUAUUACAAUAUCGCAUCUAUUUAAACGUGUUUUAACUUUGUUAACUGAUAUGUAACUGCAAAUAAAGAAUUAAUAAAAAUAA